GUGUUAAGUUGUUGUCAUUUUCAUCCAAUCGUGAACCGCUUUAUUGUAUUGGCACGUAGCGGCUUAUACUUCCCUUUGUCUACCCGUGCUGUUUAUUUUUUACGUGGGUAAAUUAAAACCAGCGUUACUUUAGUACGCAAGCAAGCCACGUGAAAUGACUUAAACAUGUUAGAAGAAGCCUCUAAAGAAAUAACUGGGCUCGACGGUGGAAGUUUACUGGCAAAAUAGAACCAUGGUGGCUGUAAGUUGGUGGGGGGUGACGAGCAAGACGGGAUAGUUGAAUUGAGCACUUUUGGGUGAGGAUGGGUGCAUGCGGGUAGCGUUACAAAUUAAUCUCCUGGACCAAGUAGAGGGCGUGAAGCGUCAGAUUAAAUGUAAAGUUGCAAGUGAAACCCGCAGGAGGAGGAAUGGGAGUCUCCGCACGGAGGGAGAAGAAGAGGAUGAGGAGGCAUGCCGUCUCGGUCCUCACUGGCAUCUGACUUGCUAAGGCCAGUGUUCUACUUUGCUGCUGUAAGGUGGAGCAUCCCCACUCUGCCUGGGAUACAGCAACAGACGGACAGAUAAACUGCCCUGUGAAGUUCUCCUUUUAAUGGAUGCCAGGGCGGCCCUGCUCUUCUUGUGGACAGUCUUUGUCCUGCUGACAGCUGAACUGAAUUGGAUUGAUGCUGCAAAGGUCUACACCAACACGUGGGCUGUCCAGGUCAAUGGGGGACCUGGGGUGGCUGACCGCAUUGCCAGGGAACAUGGUUUCAUCAACCACGGCCCUGUUUUUGGAGAUUAUUAUCACUUCAGGCAUCAUGCCGUGGAGAAGAGGGCUUUGUCUGGCCACAAGAGGAUGCACAUCAGACUGCAAAAAGAACCACAGGUCCUAUGGGCAGAGCAGCAAGUGGUGAAAAAAAGGAAGAAAAGGGAUGUGUAUGAAGACCCAACAGAUCCUGAUUUCCCCAAGCAGUGGUACCUGUCCAACCCAACACAUCAAGACCUGAAUACAAAAGCAGCCUGGGCUCAAGGCUACACGGGAAGAGGUGUAGUGGUCACUAUCCUGGAUGACGGCAUUGAAAAGGACCAUCCUGACCUCAUCAGCAAUUAUGACCCUGAGGCCAGCUACGAUGUUAAUGAUGGAGAUGCUGACCCCCAACCAAGAUACACACAGCGAAAUGAGAACAGGCAUGGAACCCGGUGUGCAGGAGAAGUUGCAGCUACAGCAAACAAUGGUGUGUGUGGCAUAGGUGUGGCCUAUAAUGCUAAAAUUGGAGGAGUUCGUAUGUUGGAUGGGGAGGUGACAGAUGUAGUGGAGGCUCAGUCUCUUAGCCUCAAUCCUCAGCACAUCCACAUUUACAGUGCCAGCUGGGGCCCAGAAGAUGACGGCAAGUCUCUGGAUGGCCCUGCCAAACUCGCUAAGGAGGCUUUCCUUCAGGGAAUCACCAAGGGACGCAGCGGACUGGGCUCCAUCUUUGUCUGGGCCUCGGGUAAUGGUGGCCGAGAGCAAGACAGCUGUAACUGUGACGGCUACACUAACAGCAUUUACACCCUGUCCAUCAGCAGCACCACGCAAUCCGGCAACGUGCCGUGGUACAGCGAGCCCUGCUCUUCCACCCUCGCUACCACCUUCAGCUCUGGAAACCCGGGGGAGAAGCAGAUAGUGACCACCGACCUGAGGCAAAAAUGCACAGACUCUCACACGGGGACGUCCGCUUCAGCCCCACUUGCUGCUGGGAUCAUCGCUCUGGCCCUGGAGGCCAACAUGAACUUAACUUGGAGGGAUAUGCAGAACCUGGUGGUGAGAACAUCCCAGCCUGGGCAUCUCAGCGCCGGUGACUGGAAGACCAAUGGAGUGGGACGCAGAGUGAGUCAUUCGUACGGUUAUGGGCUCCUGGAUGCAGGUGCUCUGGUUGCUUUGGCACAGAACUGGACGACAGUGGGGCCACAGCGCCAGUGUGUUAACACGAUGCUUUCAGAACCAAGAGACAUCGGGAACAAGCUGGUGUUCGGCAAGAGCGUGGAUGCCUGCUGGGGACGACCAGAGCAUGUCAGCUCUCUGGAACACGUUCAGGCUCGCCUCACUCUCUCCUACAACCAGAGAGGAAAAUUGGCUGUUCAUCUCAUCAGCCCACUGGGCACACGCUCCACCCUGCUGUUCCCCAGGCCCAAUGACUUCUCCUCAGAGGGAUUCAAUGAUUGGGCCUUUAUGACCACCCACUCGUGGGAUGAAGACCCUCAAGGAGAGUGGACCCUGGAGAUAGAAAAUGUAGCACCUAAUGGACGUGACUAUGGUGUGUUGAGUCAAUUCACCCUCAUCCUGUGGGGUACUGGACCCAGCAUCGUCAACCCCUCAUCCCCUGACUUCCCUCGGCCAUCCAACAACAGCUGCAAGACAUUUGACGCCCAGCAGAUCUGUAUCGAGUGCAGCCCUGGCUUCUCCCUCUUCCUGCAGGGUUGUGUGAAGUUGUGUCCACCGGGCUUCACGUCAGGGCAGCAGCUCCUCAACCUCUCUCUGGAGAACUGGGUGGACUUGUCCUCCGUUCAGGCCUGCCUGCCCUGCAAUCCUCUCUGUCUUACUUGCUCUGGCACCGGGCCUGCAGACUGCCUGUCCUGCCCACCUCACAGCCAUCUGGUCUUCACCUCCUGCCUGCAUCAGAACCAAGUCCAGCGAAAAUCCCCUCUAACUGGAGGACUACAGGGUGAUGGAGCCCAGCCUGAGGGGGCAAUUCCGGCGGCAGCAGAUCACAACAGCAUAGAAGCUGAGGAGCCCCCGGGGCUCAUUGUAGCUCCGUCCACUCAGCUCCCUGCCAUUGUGGCCCUUCUCAGCUGUGCCUUCAUCCUGGCUGCCUUCGUCGGGGUCUUCUUCUUGCUGCAGUUACGCUCAGGUGGCGUGUCUGCUUGGAGGACCAAAUUGCCCUCAGGGUACUCAGAGACGAAGGGGGUGCGGGUGGGCUUUGGUUUUGGCUUCCGUCAGGGACAGGAGAGAAAGGCAAGGAUAUGCUACAAGGGAAUCCCCACUGUGUGGGCGGAUGAGGACACGAUUGCCUAUGAGUCUGAAUCAGACAGCGAGGAAGUGGACGGUCACAGCGAGAGAACAGCUUUUAUUAAGACGCAGAGCUCGAUCUAGCUGAAGCUGCAUCUGCUGUUUUGUUGUCUGACACAACAACAGAUCUGACUGUAUGGAGCUGAUUUGUGAAGCAGAACCGCACAGGCUCAGAAAAACACAAUGUGCAGGCCUUACUGUCCUAUCAGCACCCCAUCCAAAUGCAUUAAGAGCCGAUAAUUUGUUUCAUGUAUUUAUUUACAUUAUUGUAUCUUUCAUUUGAUUAAUACUUUGCUGUCAGUUGUAUUUAUUAUAAAUUUUGCCAUAUUCAAAAGUGUUAUGCAACUAAUUAUUUUUAAUUUGGAAAUAUUUUGUCCAACUUAUUAAAAGUGCAUUCCAGAAAAUUUGUACUGCCACACUCAUAAAACUUUGAUACUUAACAACAGAAGACAAAGAAUAGUCUAAUAUUAAGCAGCAGACGUUAUAAUUUCCUGAGUUUUACUUCCAGAUAGGAGGCAUGAACAUGAAGUUAUGUAAUUCCACCUAUAAGAAUCAAAAAACCAUACCUGAUUUAAAUUUGGUGACAAUGUGAGGCUUUGAUCACUCACUAGAAUUCUCUUUCUGACCACCUGUGCGUCGGCGAUGGUUACUGCUCUCCUCCACUUGUAUAAAAUGGCAGUGCUUUAAUUCAAAGUUUAAUUUUGGGGAAGAGAAUGAACUCAAAAUUAUUGUGUGGCCAAAAUGUGCUGCAGAUCCACGAAGGCAAACAACGAAGAUCAGGUGAUUUGUGUCAAACAUUCUCUUUUAGAUGCCUCAGGACAUUAGAGCAAAACCUCACACUGACAGUCUGACCCUGGGUGACAAAAAUCGCAGUGCACAACACCAUGAAAGUUGACAAAACGGUGAGCGUGCUCCUGGUCUGAUGUGCCACCUUCGGUCUUUGAAAUUGGGCUCUUCCCCUGAAAGCUGCUAUUUGGUGUCUGGGUUGUAGUCGGAGACCCAGCUGUCCUCACCAGCAGUGAUCCUCCAUGUGAAAGCCUGAUCAGUUUGACAGAGAAGUUGUUCACUCUCUGCACACAUUUGAGGUCCAACGUGAAUCCGCAGAUGCACAUGUGAUGAAAAGGGGGAGUGCCAGGGAGCCAUUUAGAAGUAGCAGGAGUGCUGGAAGCAGUUCACAGCUCCAUGAGAAGAUGAUGGAGAUUGCUCAAAUUCUAAUCGGUAUGGUUUAUGCUUUUUAUAGAUAAAGUUGCAAACUUUUUGAUUGCAUCUGUGGGUCAAGCCCCAAAAACAAUUAACCCUAGAGUCCCCCUGCCUGCUAAAUGCCCAUAAAUUUCAAACUCUAUACCUGCACGUUGUAAUGCACAGUUCCUGGGAGGGAAAGAAAAAAGCACCUCCUAUCAUAUUAACCAGUCAGAACUAUGCUGAUGCCAUGAUAGGAGUUUAUUUAAUCAGACUUAGCGAAGCUCAUCCACAAGUACAGUGUGUGCCAAGCAGUGUAUGGAGUGCCCCUUUACUCUGUUACUUUAUCUAAUGCAUAUCUGAUUAGUCUCUAAUACAAACACCUCUUUAGUUCAGGUGAAGUUCUAAUAUAUUACUGUUAUCUUUCAUCAGAGUCCUGACAGAUUGCAGGCCAAAGGUUGUGAAGUCAACUUGCUGUUCAUUAAUACUAAGAAAACUUUAAAUUGAGAAUCUCUGCGGCACACUGGGACAGCAUAAUAAAACAUCCCCGCAGGUUGUUUGAUAAGCAGGAAACUGUGGAGGAUGCUCUGUUUUCAAUCAAGCCUCAGUGGGAAUUUCCACUGCAACGCAGACACACCAGAUAGUACAUCAGUCACAAAAAAAAAAAAAAAAAAUGUGCCGACUUGAAGUGAAGCAACACUGUUUUUUAAUGACAUUAACCACUCAGGCCAAAAACUGCUUGGCUGACCUUGUGAAACAUUGUACCAUUUGGUUGCUGCGGGUGAGAAAUAAGAUAAUUCUCUCUUCAUUUUCCCCACGGAGUGUGCUUUAUAUUGAUUUUCGGGGCUUCUCUUCCAGAACAUCUUCAUCAAAAGUGAAGCUCCCUCCCUCUUUUACUUUGAGCACCAAACAUAAAAGGACAAAUUCAUGCUUUUAUUCCCUCUGUAACGAUGUAGACUUGCGACUUUGUGGCCAAAUCAAAGUCUCUUGAUCUAAAGGCCAGAAUGGCUAGAGUGAUUUAAAAAAUAAUAACGAUUGCAUUUUCUAUGUUUGUUUUUUUUUUAUCUUUUUUUAAUUAUUUAACGGAUGUUGAGAUCAAUUCCAUGCUGGAAUAAAAAAAAAAAAACUUUUGGCUGUUGUAAAGCAGGUCUGUGUUUUUUGUUUUACUGCCAGGGUUGAAAACUUCUAUAUAUUUUUUAAUGCAUCUUAAAUUCAGUCUCUGACACAGAACCCCACCCCCCGAGAGAGCAGAUGGUUUCUCGCUUCUUCAUGGCCAUACAUCAGUGUUGCAACUGUUUCCUUCGCUCCUGGCGUUGAUUUUUAAUG